AUGCUCACGCCAAUUAGGACACGCGGGCGCAGGAAGAGACCUUGGGCCGCCAGCGAUGGCGUCCCCAAGCCGAUAGCAUCUGGACCGAAGGGUGGAAGACCCAUGCUAUCGCUACAAGCCAAACAUUCUAGGUCUCAGUCUUCAGGCUCCAAGCGGGCCCGGCUUCUCGUGGCUCGACCGCCGCUGCCGAAACCUCGAAACAGACUAUCUAGACUGGAGUCUCUUCCGGUCGAGCUGAUCGAGAAGAUCUUUCUGUACUCCCUGAAUGUGAAUCUGCCACGAUGCUCACAGUCUAUUUCUGACGCUGUUUCUAGCGAGCGAGUUUACCGCGCUCUGACCCUGCUGGCACUCUGGGAUGAUUCAUACGCGCAAACAUCGCUCAUGUCCCAGGAUCCAGCAACACCAGAAAUAGGCCCAAGUACACCUGAAGCUGCAGCUGCAGCUACUAGCGAAUCAGAGAUACUGAGACUCCUGAGGCCAUUGGACUAUUCCCAGUUGCUGCGGAGCGAGCGCCGGCAUCUUCAAAACAACGUCCUUCGUUGCCGAUGGUGUACCAUUGAGCGACUACUGUCCUAUCUUCCAGACCUGAUGCGCUUGACUGUCCAGCGACAUUGGCUCAAUGCAGGCCUUCAGAUGACCGGUGAUUCACUGGAUAACCUUCGUCUUCUGCUGGCCCAGAAGAACGACACGUACAGCUUCAAGGGCGCCGAUAAGGAUGAAAACCAUUACACGUUGUUGAUUACACCUUUUGUGUCGAUAACUGUGACGUGCCUUGAAACGGAGCAGCAAACAACCCAUCCAAUUAUUGGUGUCUUGGGGAUUCCUGACAAACUUUUGAGCGGCACGGCAGUAGGUUUUAGCGACAACCACGCUCGUUUCCUCGAGAUCGUUCGCAUGGCUAGUGGAUUUAACCGCUCGGAUGUAGCGUCGACAGAUAUCUCUUUUUCUCGCGAAGCAAUUCAGCAAGGCAUACACACGGCUUUGAUAGAGCAUCAUGCUGCUGCAUUAGCGACGCUCCUCAAAAUUGAUGAGUACACCUUCCGCGGCGAGAACACGUCGGCAACCCAAACUCUUCCGUAUAUGAUACUACCGGAACAUUUUCGUACUGCUGUCCGCGUUGCGCGUGAUGACCCCAACAUCUUUCAACUUUUACUCCGCGCGAGUGCCGAGUCUCUUCCUGCGGAUGACUCGGAGAUCACGCAGUGGGCAAUGGAAUUGGAUGGCUCAUUUGGACCGUGGCUACUGGAUUUCAUGCUGCAGCUACCGGAGCGGAUUAAGGCGGCAACUAAUGACCCUGUUAAUGGGUCAAUGUUCUACCUCGGUGGCAUCGCCACCCAGCUUCCGAUAGCACUUCGGUAUCUUCGCGAUGUUUUGGAUAUGGAGGGACUGGAUACGUGGAUGGGAGAGUCGCCCUAUGAUUUCUCAAGUGAAUGGGCCGUGAAAGGUUGA